UGACAGAGAGAGAUCCACUCAGACCCAGGCCGGCUGCACCCAGGUGUCAUGAUUGGAAAUUUGGCCUGAAUGGCCCCGAUUUAGGGAGUUAUUUAAUAAUCUUUAUUGUUUUAUUCCUCUCUUAUGUCAUAAGAUACAUUGCAAGAAAAGAGCUUCUGAAUUAGAUAAUGGAUAGUCUGCAUGAAUGGAGCUUCAAGUCCAAGAAAAUGGACCUGGAGGAAGAGGAGGAGGAUUUCUACUUCGACUACGGAGCGGAGGAAAUAACAGAUUAUCAAGACCCCUCUGAACUUCUGGCCGCUUUGAAACAAAAGGAGGAAGAGGUUAUUUUGGCAGCGCAGCUGGGAAACGCAUUGCUCCUGGAGAACCGUCAGCUCAAAGCGCAGAGCGAAAAGCUCCGCGAACAGUACGCAGACAAGCUGGAGGAGCUGGAGCAGGGACGACAUGAGGCGCGACUGAAGCUGGAGGGCAGCCAGUCCCAGUGGGAGAGCCAGGUGGGGGACCUGGAGAAGGAUGUGAGGGAGCUGAGCGCCCGGGUGGAGCGGCUGACGCGGGCGCUCGCCGAGGCCGAGAAGGACAAGAGCCGAACCCAGAUGGAGCACCAGGAGCAGACGCAGCGCCUCAGGGAGGAGCUCCACACCGCUACAGAAGUGGAGAGAGCCAUGUCAAGUGAACUGCAGGCUCUGAAACAGGAGCUUCAACAACAAGGGAGCCACAGCCGGCAGCAGGAGGAGGAGCUGAUCAGUGCCAUGAGGGAGCAGGUGCUGCGUCUCACACAGAAAGAACAGGUACUGGAGCAGCGCUUGGAGAGCGUGUUCAAAGAAAAUGCAGAGCUGAGGUCCAACUUGUCUUCACUGCACACACGUCUGGCCCUGCACGAACAGCUAAACCAGCAGCACGGCCAGCAGCUAGCUGAGGCCUGGCAGGAGGUGGAGGUGGCUAGGAGUCAGUCGCAGCAGCUGCAGGCCCAGGUGGAAGAGCUGCAGGAGGAGCUGUCUCUGCAGGAGACCAGGAACCACGGAGACGCUUCCCUGCUGUCUGAGCUGGAGACGGCAGACUUCGGAGUCAGUAAAGAAGAGAUAACGCAUGAAAUGGGGUCAAUCCUCCAACUACUCCUCCCACUGGCUCAGGAUCGGAAUGGUUCGGAAAGGCCAGAGGUCGAGGAAGAACAGGAAGAUCUGCACGCCAUGCUCCACAGGCUGAAGGGAGUGGCCCAGUCUCUGGCCCAGGCACCCAGCCACCAGGAGCUGAAUCUGGGUUUUGUGGACAGGACGGCCGGUGGCUGUGAGAAUCUGAAAGCGGCACAGGAGCUGGGGGAUCAGAACAGACAGCUGCAGCAGGAGAACGCCGAGCUGAUGCAGAAGCUGCAAAACAUGCAUGAUCAGGCUGAUGCCGUCCAACAAGCCAUCAGAGACCGGGAUGAGGCCAUAGCAAAGAAAACACUGAUGGAGGCCGAGUUGGUGAGAAGUAAAAAUGACAUGAUGUCGCUGAACAACCAAUUAUUAGAGGCCAUCCAACGCAAACUGGAGCUAUCACAGGAGCUGGAGGCCUGGCAGGAUGACAUCCAGAUUGUGAUCAACCAGCAGCUCAGGUCACAGCAGCAGUCGGAGCAGCCUCAGAAGAAGCCCAACUCCAACGGGAUGUCAUUCUUUCGCAGACCUAGCCGAGCAUCCUCCACCUGGACGCGCCAGCCCUCCUCCUUCUCUUGGCAUUCAGACACUAACCAGGACAAACCUCAGUCCCCUUGGAGGGACUGGCUAAGACGAGGCAAAGGGGCACAGUAUGGCAAAUAAUGGACCCCAAGUUCCACCGCUCACUGCUGGACUGAGGAUAAGUGAAGCGAAGUCACGAGAAGCCAGAAAUCCUCUUCCUGUAAAUCAUGUGAUGACAAAGAGGCCAGAGGGACACUUCUGAUGAAAGAGAAGCAGAACAGAGACUCGUAAAAUGGACACCUACUAAAAUGCAUUUCAAAUCUAAACUGUGAUGGCUCGGAGCUCCAGUAUUUCCACAGAACAGCUGAAAGACUGUACAUAUUGUGCCUUUUUUUUGUAAUUUUGUAAAAUUCUUUAUGUCUGUAUAGUAAAUACACAAUGAGUGUAGGUCAGUGGACAGUGUUGGUUUAGAUGAUUUAAUUUAACUACUUAAAGAAGUAUGUCGGGAACCUGACGAACAAACUUUUUCAGUUACACUAAUUUUGCCUUUACAAAGGAGGACAUCAGAAUGUUUUUCCUUUGUCAGUUAUGCUGAAAAGCUAAAACAAUUUGUGUGUAAAACAAUUUAUUUUUAUAUUCUUUUUUUGUUUAGUUGAAAACGUGAGACAUUCUCUGUAUAUUACUAUUAAACAUAUUGGUUACACAUACCAAGGUGAGGUAUGUGUAGCAGAUGUUAAUUUACAAUGACUCAGUGUUCGAUUUUGGAGCUGCUUCGAGCUUUAAACCGCGUUUAUCGUCUCUGACUGAUUGCAUCAUGGUUUGAUAAAAUCAUUGAAUUAUCCUUUAGAAUCUUCGUUACAAAUACCCUAGUGAAGACCACUUGAUCACACUGCUGACCUCAUUGGAACAAAAUUAGUUAGAUCAACAGUUUUGUCAGUUUUCUAAAUCCUUGUCAUUUGUAUUAAGAUGAAAAAUAAUGAACAGAAUCUUGAAGGAACUCAGCCUUCUUGACAAGACACCUUGUGUUGUAAGUUGACCAAACAUAUUGUAACUGUAAAAUAAAAAUGUUCACACAUUUGGGCA